AUGAAAGAGAAGAAACAAUAUAAAAAGAAAGAAAAAGCUAUCGAAAGAAAUAAGAUCCAGAUCAAUAUGUACAGAGGCGCUCAGUGGGUGCCUGGGUGUGCACGCGGGAAGAUAGCUGAGCAGGUGCCAAAGUCUGUGCUCUUCAUGUGUCUGGGUAACAUCUGUCGGUCACCCAUUGCAGAAGCAGUUUUCAGAAAACUUGUAACUGAGCAAAAGCUUUCAGAUCAUUGGAGGAAAGAAAGUGCAGCAACAUCCACGUAUGAAAUAGGAAACCCUCCUGACUAUCUAGGGCACAGUAGCAUGAAGAAGAACGGUAUCCCCAUGAAUCACACUGCCCGGCAGGUUACUAAGGAAGACUUUGCCACAUUUGAUUAUAUACUAUGUACGGAUGAAAGCAAUCUGAGAGACUUAAAUAGAAAAAGUAAUCAAAUUAAAAACUACAAAGCUAAAAUUGAACUACUUGGGAGCUAUGAUCCACAAAAUCAGCUCAUUAUUGAAGACCCCUAUUAUGGGAAUGAGUCCGACUUUGAGACUGUCUACCAGCAGUGUGUGAGGUGCUGCAGAGCCUUCCUGGAGAAGGCCCACUAA